CCAAAACAUGCGGUCAUUCGAAUAGAAUUGGUGUGCAAAGAGAAUACGUAAUUUAUAACAAAAGAUUAUCUCAUCUAUCAAAUAUUGGACGUACUCGGCUGGCGUUAAAAUGAAUGAAAACCAAAGUGAUUCGCAAGAAAAAUCAUCGGCAAAGAAGCCAAAUUUAGACGUGGCAGAAAACCAAAAUGAUUUAUCUGCUGUGGCUGGUCCAUCGAAAGAAGAAUCACCAUCCGGUCUGACUAAGCUCUACAUUGAUUGUCUAGAAGAGCUUUUCGAAUGGUUAUCAAUUAAGGACCUAUUCACACUUCGGCUAACAUGCAAGGGAUUGAAAAAGAUCAUCGAUAUAUACAUCAAAACAUCAUAUCCAACCAUCGGACGUUUCAGAUUGGAAAAAUACAAUUUUGAUGUAUUCCGUCGAAUGGACGCAAGUUCAAUAAAUUUGGUGACUCAACUUGAUAUUACUGUUGAAAACAAUGAUUGUAUGCAAUUUGAAGAGAUCAAAACUAUUCUCCACCGUAUUGAAACGAUUGAAAUAUCGAAAUUUGAAUGUGAAUAUGAUAUUUACGACACUUUGCUGAGACAUUGUGAAAAUCUAAAAUUCCUUGACAUAAUUGGAUUACAUACAAAACGAAAUGAAUGCUUUUAUCAGUCAUAUCCGACUCUUCAGCACGUUUGUUUAUAUGAAUAUCCCAUUGAUGCAAACAUUGAUGGAAUGUCGAAAUUCGAAGCAUUCUUUCGUAAAAAUCGACAAAUUCAUACAAUAUCGACUUAUCAUGGUGUCUCAUUUCUUAACCACUGCGCCAAUUCACUGGAUGGUGAAGAUGGUGUUAAAUGUAAACAGCUAAAUAUGUUAACGCAUUAUUUGGAUGAUGAUUGUUUGAAUGAAUUGAAAUUGUGGUACGGCAAAAGCUUUUAUCAGCGUCUACAUUUAUACUUUACUCAAAUGGAGGAUGGGACCGAUGUCAAUGAGCUCACCAAUAUCGGAUUAGAAAAAAUAUGCAUGUUGUAUUUGAACGAAAAAUUACCGUUGUUGCCACAUUUGAAGGAGAUCAGAUGUGGUUAUGUAACGGAUCGAAAUUUAUUUGAAAAUGUGUGGAAUGUGGUGGAACGUCUUCAUUUGAUUGGAAGUAACAACGGUGAUAUUGCAUGGUAUCUUCGACAUUUUAAAAAAUUAAAACAUCUAAGUGUCGUUGAAUUGGAUCCAAAAGAAAAUAUCAUCGAUUUAAUGGUACUUAACAAGGAACGAGAAGCAUUGGCUGGAGCAUGCAAGACGACCAUUUAUGUUCGCGAGAAAGUUUAUUUGGCCAUAAAGUUCGGAACGUCGAAUGUAAAUUUCAAUUUGGUUGAACUCAAACGGGAGCAGUCAUUCGAUUGGAAAGAUGUUGAUUAAAAACUUUUUAUAAAGAUUUUUUUAAUGAAAUUAAUUCUUUACAAUUUGAAGAAAAAUUAUA